CUUCUUUCCGAAUUUCUCUGCUCCUUACUUUUUACUUUUUUUUAAAUGAAAAUUCGCGGCAAGUCCGGUGGCCCUUUCCAUGUGAUGAGCCAACGGCCACUCUCUCUCUAAAACUCCCAACUCUCUCUCUCUCUCUCUCUCAAACUCCCAUCCAGUUGCAGAGCCUUGAGAAUUCUUUUUGGGGGAUUCUUAUCUGCUUCUUCUGGUUUUGAGCUUGUAUUGUUAAAUCCUGCUGAUCUUGUUUCUCCUAUUUCAAGCUUGGCAUUCCUGAGUUUCUCCCCAUCCAGCCAUAAAUGCCGCCAUUUAAGGCUCAGAUCUUGUUUAAUGGUGGAAAUGCAGAUUACGUAGAUAAUUUGAACAAAUUUUGAGGUUUAAUUUAGAAAUUCAUGUCAAUUUACAAUUGAAUUGGUGAUUUGUGGAGUACCUUCUUGAGCUGACAUUGAAUAGCUAAUUAGAAGCUUUGGUAUUGAAAUUUGGGUCAUCCUGAUACGUAAUUACCGUUUUAUUCACCGAAAUUGGAAAUUUUUUGGAGAUUUGGAGAUACAUUGUUCUUGAUCAAUUUGCAUUUCAGAGAUUCAAGAUUUCUUUUUGAAUAUAUCUUGUUAUUUAAGUGAAGUUUAGGGUUCAGAUUUCUAGGAUUGGCUUCUUCAGGACUUGAAAAUUUCUCUUGCAUUGCGAUCUUACUAAUUUUGAUUGAGAUUUCGAGCGUGGGUCUUUUAGAUCUUUACAGUUUUAGGAUUACCUUUUGGUUCCAAAAUGGCAACAAUGGAGAGUUUGAUUGGGCUGGUGAAUAGGAUUCAAAGGGCCUGCACUGUGUUAGGUGAUCAUGGGGGUGAAGGAUCCACUCUCCCUACUCUCUGGGAAGCCCUUCCUUCUGUUGCUGUGGUUGGAGGCCAGAGCUCGGGAAAAUCGUCAGUUUUGGAAAGCAUUGUUGGAAGGGAUUUCCUUCCUCGUGGAUCUGGUAUUGUUACUAGGAGGCCUUUGGUGUUGCAGCUUCAUAAGACAGACGACGGGCAGCAAGAGUAUGCGGAGUUUCUUCAUGCCCCAAAUAAAAGAUAUACAGAUUUUGCUGCUGUGCGAAAGGAGAUUCAGGAUGAAACUGAUCGAAUAACUGGGCGGACAAAACACAUCUCCAACAUUCCAAUUCAGCUUAGCAUUUACUCUCCAAAUGUUGUAAAUUUAACCCUCAUUGACCUGCCUGGAAUGACAAAGGUAGCUAUAGAGGGACAGGCGGAUAGCAUUGUUCAAGAUAUUGAUAAUAUGGUUCGCUCUUAUGUUGAAAAGCCUAAUAGCAUUAUCCUGGCCAUAUCUCCUGCUAACCAGGAUAUAGCAACCUCUGAUGCCAUAAAGCUUGCAAGAGAAGUUGAUCCUUCAGGUGAAAGGACAUUUGGAGUUCUAACAAAGCUUGAUUUGAUGGACAAGGGAACCAAUGCAUUGGAUGUGCUUGAAGGAAGAGCAUAUCGCUUGCAGCAUCCCUGGGUUGGAAUUGUGAACCGCUCCCAAGCUGAUAUUAACAAAAAUGUUGACAUGAUUGCUGCUCGUAGGAGGGAACGUGAAUACUUCUCUUCUAGCCCUGACUAUGGACACUUGACAAAUAAAAUGGGUUCUGAGUAUCUUGCGAAACUCCUCUCAAAGCAUUUGGAGACUGUAAUCAAGGCACGAAUCCCAAGUAUUAUAUCAUUGAUUAACAAAACGAUUGAUGAGCUUGAAAGGGAAUUGGAUCAUCUUGGCAGACCUAUUGCAGUUGAUGCAGGGGCCCAGUUGUAUACAAUUUUGGAGCUGUGCCGUGCUUUUGACCGUGUAUUCAAAGAACAUCUGGAUGGAGGGCGACCUGGAGGAGAUAGAAUAUAUGGUGUUUUUGACAAUCAACUUCCAGCUGCACUUAGAAAGCUUCCAUUUGAUCGCCAUCUUUCCCUGCAAAAUGUGAGGAAAGUUGUGUCUGAGGCUGACGGUUAUCAGCCUCAUUUGAUUGCUCCUGAACAAGGAUAUAGGCGCCUCAUUGAUAGCUCUCUUAGCUUCUUUAAAGGCCCUGCUGAGGCUUCUGUUGAUGCUGUGCAUUUCGUAUUGAAGGAGCUUGUUCGGAAGUCUAUAGGAGAAACCCAGGAGCUAAAACGGUUUCCAACUCUUCAGGCUGAUUUGGCUGCAGCAGCCAAUGAAGCCCUCGAGAGAUUUCGAGAGGACAGUCGUAAGACUAUCCUGAGGCUGGUCGAGAUGGAAUCAAGCUACCUUACGGUUGACUUUUUCAGGAAGCUCCCUCUAGAAGCUGAGAAGGGUGGGAAUCCAACUGCCCCCACCAAUGACCGCUAUGGUGAAGGCCACCUCAGGAGGAUUGGAUCCAAUGUAUCAUCCUAUGUGGGCAUGGUGUGUGAUACUCUGAGGAAUUCAAUCCCUAAAGCCGUGGUUCACUGUCAGGUUCGAGAGGCCAAGCGAUCUUUAUUGGACCACUUCUAUUCUCAAGUUGGUAAAAGAGAGAAGAAGCAAUUGGGGGUCAUGCUUGAUGAGGAUCCUGCUCUCAUGGAGAAGAGAGAAGCCAUCGCCAAGCGCCUCGAGCUCUACAAGUCGGCUCGUGAUGAGAUCGAUUCCGUUGCAUGGAAAUAGAGAGAAAGAGAAAUCAUACAACUGCUUUCUCUCUCAUCAUUCUCUCACAUGAGCUUCCCUUUUUUUGAAAAAAAAAAAAAUUCUUUUUUCCUCUAGAAAAAUAAUUCUCUCCCCUCUCUACACGUGUUGGUCAUCAAACCCUACAAAUUUUUGGUGAUUAUUUUUAUUUUAUUUUUGGGUAAUUGGUGAUUAUUUCUAUUGGGGCACCAGGUUGUACCAUUAAAAAGUAAGGUGUAAGUCCAAACUUUGUCAUGUAAUUUGGGGUCGAAAAUUCUUGGAAUUGCUUGAGAAUAUGUUUUCAUUUUUAAUUAUAAAAUUUUAAAAUUCAAAAGCGGUUAAA